AUGGAAGAAUGUAGUAGAGGCAUUAAAAACCCUUCAUGGACCGUAAAAGGUCGAGAAGAAGAAGAAAUAUACGGAGUAUUAAUUAAAAUACAUUUCGGCGUUGAAGAUUUGUGUUCCCGCUGUCCGUUGAGUUAUUCCGCUUUUAUGUUUAAACAAGGGAAAGGCAGUGAUUAUUCAAACACCUCACUUCGUAACGCCGUACAAAUGAUGUUCCGCGACUCUCCCCUACCCAAACUUAAAAGUGAAAUAUCUCGUCAACGCGGGUCAACAGGAAUCGAUCGGGAAUUUAGAAUGUCCUAA